GAAGGCUCCAGGUGUCCAAUACUGUCCACGGUACACGUGACGAGUUGCCUUGGCUACGGACCCGCCCGCGGGCACACGCGAACAGCAGAAUCACGAGCACGCGCGGGCGGCCAUGGCGAGCGGCAACCAGAGGCAGCCGGAUGACAACUACUCCUCCGACGGCGGCGACACCACGGACGCGGAGUCCUCCGACGAGACCUCGCAUCCGCAGAGGAGGGGGCCCGGCGCGAACCCCAUCCUCACGCGCCUCUCCGUGUCGCGGAACCCGAGCCCGCUCGCCGCCGCCACCGCCGCGCCCGGCGUCUGCCUCCUCCGCUUCGCCUGGGAGUCAGCUGCCGGGUCCCUCGUCGGCGCCGUCGUCGGAUACGGAAAAGGUUUGGUUACUACAAAGGGGUUUAAAGGUUCAUUUGCUGAUGCUGCAUCUUCUGCUAAGAUAUUUGCUGUUCUUGCCGGCGUUCAAAGUUUGGUUUCCUGCUCUUUGAGGCAGCUACGUGGAAAAGAUGACGUUAUCAAUGCAGGAGUUGCAGGCUGUUGUACUGGCCUUGCUCUGAGUUUCCCAGGUGCACCACAAACACUGAUUCAGAGCUGUCUGGCCUUUGGAACUUUCUCUUACAUCAUAGAGAAGCUCAAUAAACAGCAACCUGCAUUAGCACUCCCAUCUAACACUGGCUCGAAGCGUCUGAAUGCUGGACAGAGUGUUCUUCCUCCCUUCACACUUCCUAUGCCACAAGGCGCGGCGGAAGGAUUCCCUUCGUUUCAGAACUUCUUGUCAAAGUUCCAAGGAAAGUGAAUAACCUCGAGGAUUGGUUGCAUGCUUUGGUCUUGUGUCCAUGUAAAUGCUUCAGUCUGAGCUUUUUGUUCCCUGUUUAUCACAAAGGAUGAUAACUACUCUGUUGUUGAACAGUUUUGCAAAUUAUCCCCCAGAAGGAAAUCAGCUUAGCUUGUGUUCAAGAAUAAUAUCUUCGUCGUGAAUGACUGUUAGAAGAGUUAAUUGCACAAAA